AUGGAAAGGCUAUCAGCAUUUGAGCUCAACAACUCCCGAAAGCUCUUUGAGUUGGCCAAGAAGUUACAAGACAAGAAGUUUUUCGAAACUUUCUUGAACGAAGCCCAAUUCAAAAUACUUAAGCAUAUAAUCGAUUUAGACAACUUUGACGUAUGGUAUAAUUUUCUCGAAGGAAAUUGUUAUGAAGAAGAGUCUAAAGGAGAAAAAUCAGAAACAGGCACCAACCAAAAUGACAACAAUGAACUUCUAUUUGAAGAAGGAUCAAAAAUGAUAAAAAUGUUGGCAUUGCAUAUCAGAUAUUUGUUAUGGGAGAAAGCAAUUGAUUUUUACUACGUUUCCAAAGAUUUAGACCGGUCUGUGCAUGACAUCGAAGAGGUUACCGAUGAUUAUGAAUUGAUUGACUCCUUGGACAAUGUGCCGGAAGAUGAAGAGCAGAAUAAACCAGAAGAAGCAUCCCAGCCUAGCAAACCCGUUGUUAGAGAAGAGGAAGAUGAGUAUGACGAUGAAGAUGACGAUGACGAAGAAGUUCAAAAAGAGAAAGAGUCACAGCAUGAAAAUAAGGAUGGGUCAGAGAAAAAUGAGCUCGUUCUUGUUUUCAAUGACGAUAAGCAAAUAGUCCUCGAAGUUCCUCUUUCCAUUUUAAAACUGCAAGAGGCGAAUCCAGAGGAGGAAUUGACAAAUGAACUUUCUGAACCGGCACCAGUCCCUGUUCUGAAUCGUCCUACAACAUCAAAUGAAGAACACGAUGCUUUAAUAAAGGAAUUCAAUAAAGUGUAUCAUAACUUUGAAUAUGAUCGUGAAACUUUGAUCAAGAGGCGAAAAUUGGAACGUUCAGAUUUACAACUUGAAAAUUCUAAGGAUACAGAUGAUCAAGAAUCCAAUUUAAAUGGUUCAUCUUCCGAUACACCGGGUGCCGCUAACAAUUCAUCUAGCAGUAUGGGGAUCAAUUUGGGUGCAGCCAGUACAUCAUUGCAGCAUUUAUUGAGUACUAUUCAGCAGCAAAGAGACAAUGUUCCAUUGAAUGACCAUGAAUUACGAACGCUUUUCAUGGAUGUUAGAAAAAAUAGGGGCAAAUGGGCUAACGAUGAUAGAGUUGGCCAGGAAGAGCUCUAUGAAGCGUGUGAAAAAGUUGUUUUAGAGUUAAGGGGUUAUACAGAACACUCUACCCCUUUCUUGAACAAAGUGUCAAAGAGAGAGGCCCCAAAUUAUGGGUUGAUCAUCAAAAAGCCAAUGGAUUUGAACACUGUUAUGAAGAAAUUAAAGAGCUUGGCUUAUUCAUCAAAACAAGAAUUUCUUGACGAUGUAAUGCUUAUUUGGUCAAAUUGUUUAACCUACAAUGCUGAUCCAAAGCAUUUCAUAAGAGCACACGCGCUAGCAAUGCAAAAGAAGACCAUGAAAUUGGCCCCAUCUAUUCCAAAUAUUACUGUUCGGAACAGAGCUGACAUAGAGUUGGAAGAAGAUGAAGCCGAAGCUCGCCCAGCUACUCCCCUGGAACCUGGAUUCGGGGGUGGUAAAGCCGUAAAGAAAGGAAGAAAAAGAACAAGGCAGGACCAAGUAAAGACAGAAACAGACCCAAAUUCACCUAUAAGUACCGCAGUAUCGGCAAUUGCAUCACCCGAGGUAAAAGUGGCAGCUUCGGAAACCCCAGCAGUGGAGAAUGGAAAUUUGUCUAAUGAUGAAGAGGAAGAAGAAGAAGAAGAGGCAGAAAAUAUUAAUGGUGAAGCGGAUGGGAUUCAAGAAGAAGAAGAAGAAGACGAGUUCGAUCCUGAGCUUCAAGCAUGGAGGGCACUAACUGCCAAAUCAAGAGCAAAUUAUUGUGCUCAACGUUCGGAGUUAUUUGACGAGAAUUACCAUCUCCGUCCUAAUGCUAGAGCAAUAAUAAGAAAGCCUGCCGAAAUGCAAAAUUUCAAUGAAUACUUGACAAAUAAGGAAGUUGUAUCUAAAUCAAAUAAUCUUUUAGAAAACGAGGAACCAUAUUUGUUAGAGUACGACAUUACGGGAGGAAUUCCAGGAUUCGAAUACAAAGGUGUUGAUAAAGAAGAAGAAGAAAAACGCGAGGAGAAGUUAGUUGAUAUUUACUUGCAGCAAGCUCACGGUGAUGCAUCGAAGAUUAAAUCAGGAUUUGUUCUUCCAACUGAUUCAGGGUUGAACAAGUUGUAUUUCGAGAACAUUACUGAAAUGCAAGAAAUAAAAAAGAUUUGCUUUAAGAUUUCUUUGAUUCGUCAAAUGCAAACCCAGCAAUUUGUUCAUCAUACUCAAAUGAAGCAGCCAGAAAUUGAAACUUUGAAAGAGGUCGACGUCGAUUCUGCGUCUAAAUUGCCUAAUCAUGAAAUUAAUGAAGAAGACAUUCAGUUUGCUGUAUUGAGGAGGAAUGUUGCUAAAAUAGCAAUGCAAACCGGGUUUGAGUCAACACAACCCAAUGCAAUCAAUACUUUGACACAAAUUGCUGAGAGGUAUUUGGGAAAUUUGGUCAAGUCGCUCAAGAUGCAUAAUGAAUCCAACUCAUCAAACAAAUUAACAUCAAGAGAGAUCUUGUUGAUGUCGUUACUUGAGAACGGUGUUGACAAACCUGAUGACUUAUACACAUAUGUACAGGAAAGAAUUGUGAAGCAACAAGACAAAUUGAAAGAUUUAAGAAUCAAGUUGUCUAAUUUUUUGAAAGAAUUAUUGAGGCCUGGUUUGGAAAAUUUCAAUGAGAGAAGUUUUGAGGACAAUAGUGAGCAAUUUAUGACAGGAGAUUUCUCAAGUGAUCUAGGAGAUGAUUUCUUUGGCUUUAAGCAAUUGGGUUUGGAUAAAGAGUUCAACAUGUUGAGUACAUCUAUUCCCAUUUAUUUGUUGCAUUCGAGGCUACACAAUUCUUACAGUAGCACGGGUGUUGCUAGUAAAGGCAAUAAAUUUGAAGAUUUGAAUGAUUUUAAGCCUGAAGAUUUAUAUGCUAGUACAGUGGACCAGCAAAUUGGAUUGCUUGUACCAUUCUAUAGGAGGCUUUGUGAGAAAUCUAAGGCUCAUUUCAUUAAGAUGCAAAAGAAGAAAGGCGAGUCCACCGAGCUUCCACCUAAUGAUGCAUUGAUUAUGAUUGAAGAUGAGGAACUUCCCCAAAAACAAAGAAAUAUCAGACCAAGAUUGCCACCUACUGGUAAGAUCUCAUCUGUGAAAAAGAAGAUAGUUGCUAACUCAUUCUUUUUACCCGAAGAGACUGAUUCUAACUCAGAAAUCUCGCAACCAUUGAAGUCAGAACAACUUUAUUCCAUGAAGGCCGAGGAUUCCAAAUCUAGUGUCUCGUCCAAAAGCCCCAAAAAGCUGCUGGUGAAAAUGGAAGCGUAA